CUUGACCUUACCAAAUAACAAGGCUAAUUUCUUUAUAUCUGCGUUUCAGGGUUUCCUGGAGUCCUCCAGAACGCGCAAAUUCAUUCUCUACAAAGUGUUUCUCUCUCUCUCUCGUUAGCCGCCUUCACGAAUCGCCGACCAUGCCUCGUUCCGGAGGAAGACCUGCUCCUCGUCGUGCUGCUCGCCCUGCUGCUCGCCCUGCACCAGCACGCAGUCCACCACCUCAGCCAGUUAACCAUGCUCCUCCUCCAGCUCCUGCCCAAAGUGGCGGUGGUGGAUCAUUGCUUGGAGGCAUUGGUUCAACCAUAGCUCAAGGUAUGGCUUUUGGAACUGGAAGUGCUGUGGCACACAGAGCUGUUGAUGCUGUGAUGGGUCCUCGUACAAUUCAACAUGAAACUGUUGUCACUGAGGCGGCUGCUGCUGUCCCAGCACCCACAGCUAGCAGUAUGGGGGGUGAUGCAUGCAGUAUCCACUCUAAAGCAUUCCAAGAUUGUGUGAACAACUUUGGAAGCGACAUUAGCAAGUGUCAGUUCUACAUGGAUAUGCUGGCCGAGUGCAGGAAGAACUCAGGCUCUGCAUUGAGUGUCUAAAUUCUAUAUUGGUGCUCUGGUCAUUGAGUUUUAUUUUGAAGCAAUUGAUAUUGUUGAUGAUGAUGGGGACUGUUAACCAUCUAUUGUCAUGGAUUUUAAGUCAAUAAUUUGUUGUGGGAAACUAGAUAGACCUUGAAGGUGUUAAGCACCAAUUAUCCGAACUUAAUUAUCUGCAUCUUCAAGUCAGGUUAGAAAACAGAAGUAUUUUUCUUUUCUUUAA